AUGGAGGCCGCCUCGCCGGCGGGACCUGGCGGCCGGGAGCCGCACGCGCCGGGCUCCGCCAGCCUGCUGCUCUGGAUCAAGGGCAGACUCUUCACCUGGGAUAUUUUGAAAACAAUUGCCUUAGGUCAGAUGUUAUCUUUGUGUAUAUGCGGGACAGCCAUCACCAGCCAGUAUUUGGCAGAAAGAUAUAAAGUGAACACCCCCAUGCUUCAGAGCUUUAUCAACUAUUGCUUGCUGUUUCUAACUUACACAGUGAUGCUGGCAUUUCGAUCAGGUAGUGAUAAUCUUUUAUACAUCUUGAAAAAGAAAUGGUGGAAGUACAUCCUGCUUGGACUAGCAGAUGUAGAAGCUAAUUACCUGAUUGUCAGAGCAUACCAGUACACAACUCUAACCAGUGUCCAGCUUUUGGAUUGCUUUGGGAUUCCUGUGUUGAUGGCUCUUUCGUGGUUUAUUCUUUAUGCAAGAUACAGAGUGAUCCACUUCAUCGCUGUGGCUGUCUGUCUGUUGGGUGUAGGAACUAUGGUUGGUGCAGACAUAUUAGCUGGGAGGGAAGACAAUGCAGGUAAUAAUGUACUGAUUGGUGACAUCUUGGUCCUUCUUGGAGCUUCCCUCUACGCUGUUUCUAAUGUGUGUGAAGAAUACAUCGUGAAGAAGCUGAGCAGACAGGAGUUUUUAGGAAUGGUGGGCUUGUUUGGAACAAUUAUCAGUGGCAUACAGCUAUUGAUUGUGGAAUAUAAGGAUAUUGCCAGCAUUCAUUGGGACUGGAAAAUUGCCCUGCUAUUUGUAGCAUUUGCCCUCUGCAUGUUUUGCCUGUACAGCUUCAUGCCACUGGUGAUCAAAGUCACCAGUGCCACUUCUGUCAACCUGGGCAUCCUGACAGCUGACCUUUACAGUCUUUUCUUUGGACUUUUUCUGUUUGGCUAUAAGUUUUCAGGACUCUACAUCCUGUCCUUCACCGUCAUCAUGGUAGGUUUCAUCCUGUACUGCUCCACCCCAACGCGCACGGCAGAGCCAGCUGAAAGCAGCGUGCCGCCAGUCACCAGCAUUGGAAUUGACAACCUGGGGCUGAAGCUUGAGGAGAGCCUGCAGGAGACCCACUCUGCCGUCCUGUAG